AUGUGUUUAUGGAAGUGGAUUAGCGCCGAUAACAAGUAUGAAGAUGUGUUAGAAAUGAUAUAUGUAAACGCUUCUGAAGCCAUGGCUCAGGCGUAUCAUGACUGUACUCAGGGGGCACUAAGCACGAGCAAACCGGGAUCAGCUAUGGAACCCUACAAUGACCUGUGUGUUAACUAUGGCCAGUGUGCCUACAGCAGGUUCACGGCGCUUAAAAAGGUCAACCCUGAUUUAAAAACCUUACUGUCUGUUGGCGGGAAUUCUGUCGACGGCUCCACUUUCUCUGAGUUAUCCGGAGAUGCUAAUAAAAGGAAAAUCUUCGUCAGUAGCGCCGUCGAGAUGCUCAAGAACUACAGCUUCGACGGCCUCGACAUAAACUGGAUGCACCCGGCUGACAAAGAUGGGCAGCCUGAGGACAAGGAAAACUACAUCGCCCUCCUGAGAGAUCUUUACGAAGCCUUGGCAGACGAGGACCUGAUACUCACAGCCUGCGUCUCUCUGGAGAAACUCGAGGUCGAUGUCGCCUACGACGUCCCGGGGCUCUCGGACGCCGUGGACUUCAUUUUGCUCAGCGGCUACAACCUGCACGGACCCUGGGACACGUUCACGCACCACCACGCGCCUCUCUUCCCUCACCCGGCCGACAAGGGCGACAAUGCUCUUCUCAAUAUUGACUACGGAGUUGGUUACUGGUUAUCGAAAGGAGUCGACAAGAAGAAGCUGGUGCUGGGCCUCGGCACGUAUGGAACUACAUGGACUCUGAACAACUUAGGCGACAAUGGUUACUACGCUUAUGCUACACAGGCGGGGAAACCUGGCCCUUACACAGCCACUCUGGGUUUUUUAGGCUACAAUGAGAUAUGCGAAAUGCAACAUGGGAAUAAUGAAUGGACAGUGGUGAGGGAUCCUGACAUGCACGAGCCCUACGCAUACUCGGUUGACAAGACCUGGUGUGGUUACGAGGACUCCCAGUCGAUGUGGCGGAAGGGUCAGUACGCCCGGAGCCAAGGCCUGGCGGGGACGAUGGUGUGGAGUCUGGAGACGGACGACUUCUCGGGGUCCUGCACGGGGCGGUCCUACAACCUCAUCAGGUCCAUGAAGGAGGGCUUCCUGGACCUGCCCUUUAGUACCCCUGCGCCUCCGACGAGUGCCUCAACGCAGACGACAAGCGGCUUAGUGACCCCGACGUGUGGCGACGAGACUUUCAUCCCCGACCUGUACUGUAAUAAAGUUAGUAUCGCUCUUGUGAAUGCCUGUGUUCUAAGAAGCACAUGGGGAUGA